AUGCCGACGUUGGCCGUGGCGAAGGACUACAUCUGCCGGCUGAUUGGCAGGUCCUACACGGACGAGGAGUUUAACGACCUGUGUUUCCAGUUCGGGCUGGAGCUCGAUGACAUUACGAGUGAGAAGGAAAUGUUCAUGCGGGAGCAGGGUAAAAGCGCGAAGGCGAACGUGGCUCCGACGGAAGCCCCUGCGCACCUUUCGGAGGAGAAGCUCUAUAAAAUCGACACCCCAGCAAACCGUCACGACCUUCUCACGGCGGAGGGCAUGGCCUGCGCGCUGAAGGUGUUCAUGGGGGCAAUGCCACUCCCCAACUACCGCGUCCUCAACCGCGCGAACCCGCUCUACCGCAUGACCGUGGAGAAAAGCGUGAAGAACGUGCGCGACUACGUUGUGUGCGCUGUCCUUCGCAACAUCCGCUUCAACGAGCGCAGCUACAACAGCUUCAUCGACUACCAGGAGAAGCUCCACGCCGGGUUGGCCCGCCGCCGCACGCUGGCCUCGGUUGGCACCCACGAUCUAGACAAGGUGAACACGAUGGACUUUAUCUACGCCUGCCGCCCGCGAGAGACCAUCCGGUUUGUUCCGCUGCGGCAGACAAGGGAGCUGAACUGCGCAGGCGACGGCCUCGCUCAGUACUACGCCGAGGACCGCCACAUUGGCAAGUACGUACCGCUCAUCUCCUCCCUUCCGACCUACCCGGUUGUGUACGACGGCACUGGUCAGAACGUGCUCUCGUUGCCGCCAAUCAUCAACUCGCACUACUCGGCCAUCUCCGUGGACACCAGAAACAUCUUCAUCGAGUGCACAGCCCCAGACCACUACAAGGCGCAGGUGCUGGUGAACCAGCUCGUGUGUGCCUUCUCGGCCUACUGCGAGGAUCCCUUCACCGUGGAGGCGGUGCAGGUGAACUAUGAGGAGCCGACACCGGACGGGACAACGUCGCUGGUGACGCCAACGAUGGAGACGAAGGAAAUGACGAUGAACAUCGCACGCCUCAACUCAAUCAUCGGCAUUAAAAUGAAAGAUGGUGCUGAGUGCGCGCAGCUGCUCAAGAAGAUGAUGUACACGAUCAAGACAACGACGGAGAGUGAGGUGACGGUGACGGUGCCGCCGAUGCGCACGGACGUCAUUGGCGUCGCGGACGUGAUGGAGGAUGUCGCCAUCGCGUACGGCUAUGACAAUAUCACCUACGUGGAGUGCAAGACCCAUGGCCCUGUGACGCAGACGCCGCUGAGCAAGGUGGCGCAGCUGCUGCGCACUGAGAUGGCCUGCGCAGGCUACACGGAGCUGCUGACGUUGUCGCUCUGCUCACGCGCCGAUGCGUUCGAGAACCUCGGCCGCGUGGACGACGAGGUCGCGGCGCACAUCGCCAAUCCGCAGACGAUGGAGUUCCAGGUGUGUCGCCCAUCGCUGCUGCCCGGUAUUCUGAAGACGCUCGCGACGAACAAGUCGAAGCCUCUGCCGCAGCGCUUCUUCGAGUGCGCGGACGUCGUCCUGCUGGAUAACGAGCGGAACUUCCCACCGGUGCUAGAGCUGAAGACGGACUACGCGUCCUGCGGUGCCCGCAACCAGAGACACCUCGCCGCCGCGCACUGCAACGGCAGCUCUAGUGGAUUUGAGAGCAUUCACGGCCUCACCGAACUCGCCCUGCUCAAGCUUGGCGUCCCGUCAAAAGCGGAGAUAGCAGAGGACUAUGAGGGCGACUUCUACACCCUGGAGAAGGGCGAGGACGGGGCUUUCUUUCCUGGCCGCGCCAUGGACAUCAUUCUUCACCGCGCUGGUCAGGCAGUGCGCAUCGGGCACCUCGGCGUCAUCCACCCGAACACGCUCAAGGCAUACGAUAUUCCGAACACGUGCUCGUACAUGGAGCUCAACAUCCAGUUCUUGUGCGUCCCUCUGUAG